ACCUGGACGAUCUACAUUUAUAAACAUAUAAUGUUUCUUGAGUGUUUGCUUUUUCUUAAAAACACCCAUUUUUAUGAUCCGAUUUUUGAAGGGCAUGCGAGGACAAGUUUUAUAUUAGUAUAAAUUUACAUGACUUCUGUAUGGAGUUGUGCACUUUGAAAUAAUGUUAAUAGAAUGGUUGAUAGUUUUAACAUUUCUGUACAUUUCAUGACGUUUUCAAUGUAAUUUUUCGUGUUAUAUAUAUUUAUAAACAGCUGUAUAAAUUUUAUAAUUAUUCAAGUACAGCGUUUAAAUAAUUGUGAUAUUCACCUUAUAUAAAGAUCUUAGAUGUUUUGUUAUUUUCACAUAACGCAAACAAAAUCUUCGAAAGGAUAAUUAGACUUUAUUAUAAGUGUUGGAUAGUUUUCGCCCCAAAUAAAAAUAAUUCUUGUGUGUUGCCUAAUGGUGAUGUAAAUUAGUUGCAUAAUGAAAAAGGACUUAUCAAAACAUAAACUUCCGCACGAAAAUAAGCUGAAAAUAGCUCAUGCAAAUUCACUGGAGUUCCUUUCGGUUAUAGCUUUUUUGAUGGUCAUAACAACAAAGCCAAUAUCACAUUUUAAUUAACGCCCAAACGAUGGGUGGUCACACUCUUCAAGUUUGGUAUAUACAAAAGAAAGGUCAAGACCAUUUUAGGCUUGGACUACCAGGUUCUCCAUCAAAACACAUCUCCUUUCUGUUACAAAGUAAAGAAUACAAGAAGCUAAUUUUCGGUAAAGGAUUUCAUACAUUACAGAUCUCUAACUGAAAAUAGGAAAAGAUAUAUCCCCAAGGCCCAAAGCGGUGGAAAUCUCAGAAAGAUAAUGAAUUUCAAAUUCAAAUGUUUCAAAUUGAAAAAAAAGUCACGAAAGCAAAAAGAGGCUAAGAUAUUAAACAAACAUGGCAUGGAGUAUUACAAAAUUGGAAAAUACGAAAAAGCUAAGAAAUCUUUUGAGAAAUGUCUCGAAAUUCAAAAAACUCUACUAGGUCCUGAACAUGUUGAUGUAGCUACGACUUUAAAAGAUCUUGGGAAUGUGUAUUAUCUUACUAAAGAAUAUGACAAAGCAAGAGAAUUUCAUGAAGAAGCGUUGAAAAUUCGACAAAAUUUACUACGUCUUGAACAUGUUAAUGUAGCUACGACUUUAAUAAGUCUUGGUAAUGUGUUUUAUAGUACCAAAAAAUUUGCCGAUGCCAAAGAGUGUUAUGAAAAAGCGUUGGAAAAUCAAAAGAAAUCACUUGGUCCUGAACAUGUUGAUGUAGCUACGACUUUAAAAGAUCUUGGGGAUGUGUAUUAUCGCACGAAAAAUUAUGACAAAGCAAGAGAAUUUCAUGAACAAGCGUUGGAAAUACGACAAAAAUUACUACGUCCAGAACAUGUUGAUGUAGCUACGACUUUAAAAGAUCUUGGGGAUGUGUAUUAUCGCACUAAAAAUUAUGACAAAGCAAGAGAAUUUCAUGAACAAGCGUUGGAAAUACGACAAAAAUUACUACGUCCAGAACAUGUUGAUGUAGCUACGACUUUAAAAGAUCUUGGGGAUGUGUACUAUCGCACUAAAAAUUAUGACAAAGCAAGAGAAUUUCAUGAACAAGCGUUGGAAAUACGACAAAAAUUACUACGUACAGAACAUGUUGAUGUAGCUACGACUUUAAAAGAUCUUGGGGAUGUGUAUUAUUGCACAAAGGAAUAUGAUGAAGCAAGAAAAUUUCAUGAAAAAGCGUUGGAAAUUCGACGAAAAUUACUAGGUCCCAAACAUGUUAAUGUAGCUAAGACUUUAUGCAGUCUUGGUAAUGUGUUUUAUAGUACCAUCAAAUAUGCCAAAGCCAAAGAGUGUUAUGAAAAAGCGCUGGAAAUUCAACAAAAAUCACUUGAUCCUGAACAUGUUGAUGUAGCUACGACUUCAAACUAUCUUGGUGAUGUAUAUUAUGAGACCAAGAAAUAUGCCAAAGCCAAAGAGUGUUAUGAAAAAGCGUUGGAAAUUCGAAAAAAAUCACUUGGUCCUGAACAUGUUGAUGUAGCUUGGAUUUUAAACAAUCUUGGCAGUGUGUAUUAUCGUACUAAAGAAUAUGACAAUGCAAGAGAAUUUUAUGUAAAAGCGUUGGAAAUUCGACAAAAAUCACUUGGUCCCGAACAUGUUGAUGUAGCUACGACUUCAAACUAUCUUGGUGAUGUGUAUUAUGAGACCAAGAAAUAUGCCAAAGCCAAAGAGUGUUAUGAAAAAGCGUUGGAAAUUCGAGAAAAAUCACUUGGUCCUGAACAUGUUGAUGUAGCUUGGAUUUUAAACAAUCUUGGCAGUGUGUAUCAUCGUACUAAAGAAUAUGACAAUGCAAGAGAAUUUUAUGUAAAAGCGUUGGAAAUUCGACAAAAAUCACUUGGUCCCAAACAUGUUGAUAAAGCCAAAGAGUGUUAUGAAAAUGCGUUGGAAAGAAUUUUAUCUACGACUUCAAACUAUCUUGAAAAAUCACUUGGUCCUGAACAUGCUGAUGUAGCUUGGAUUUUAAACAAUCUUGGCAGUGUGUAUCAUCGUACUAAAGAAUAUGACAAUGCAAGAGAAUUUUAUGUAAAAGCGUUGGAAAUUCGACAAAAAUCACUUGGUCCUGAACAUGUUGAUGUAGCCACGACCUUAAACAAUCUUGGUAAUGUGUAUCAUUCUACUAAAGAAAAUGUCAAAGCAAAAGAAUUUUAUGAAAGAGCGCAGGCAAUUAAAAAAAAAUCCGUUUCUUCGGAUCUUGCUGUUGUUACUGAAUCUUCGAACAGUAUUGAAUUAAAGUCUGAUGAUACUGCUGAUGCUAAAUCCCCUUCAAAUUUACACGUUCAUACGGAGAAAAUAGACGGAAUUAAGGAAAUUCUGCUAAAGUUUGCCCAAGAAAUUCCUGAUAAAUGGAAGCAUUUGGCAGUAUUUCUGAAGGUCAAAGAUGCGAAAAUAAAAGAAAUUGGACUAAAUCAUGGUGACGUUAGCUGGCAAGGGUUUGAAAUGCUAAAGUCUUGGUUUGAAACCCGAGAAAAUAAGCAGUUGUGGUACGAAGAACUUGCCGCUGCUUUUCGCAAUAUCGAGAAAAACCAUUUGGCUGAAGACGUUCUUCAUAAAGGUGCAAAUGUUGCUAAAUAUUGUUAAACUGAAAUUGAAAGGUCAUUUGACCAUUUUUUAUAAUCGCCAUUUUUAUGUAAAAGUCAGAAGCUAACAUUAGAUUGGUUUUAUUGAUUUACACUUUUAUAAUGUACAUGAAAAAAAUUCUCAGUUCUCAUUGGUUAAUUAAGAGCAGUGCAAUUUAUUGUAAAUACCAGUGGAAAAAUUAAGAAACACGGUGCAGAAAAAAGGAAAUACAGUGCAUUUUUUUUUUAAAAAUAAAUUUGCUCCUGAUUGGUUAAUGAAUCAUAGAAGUGAUCUAAGAGCCAAUCAAUCUAAAACAUUUCAAAGUCGUGAAAGUUAAAUUAAAGUAAACAAAGCAAAUGCAAUGGCUGGCGCAAGCUUAAGUAAAUUUUCUUUAGUGAACGAGCUUACAAUUCGCACUGGAACAAAAAUGAACACUGCCAAAAGUAGUUACCUUGUUCUAGCUGCGUGUAUGUAGGCUUUGGUGUUAUGAAAAGUAAUAUCCAAUGGAAUUGUUAUAUACGAGCCAGCCAGAAUUGAGAAAUUUUUUUAUGUAUAUUAAGCCCUUAAUAACUGACCUCGAGGUCUUUACGGACGGACCGAGUUCUUUUUGCACCAACCGAGCCUGUAGUAAAGUACAGAUCGUGAAAGCGAGGUUAUUAAAAUAUUUAUUAUAUACGGCAUUAUUUGACCUGAAACAAAGCUUGCUUUCUUUCUCGUCCUGGCUGUUUUGUAAGGGUUGGCUUUCAUCUUUCUAUUUUUGUCAGUAAAAAUAAAUCAUUUUUAGUUUUGUAUCGUCUGCAUAAUUAAACUCUUUUCCGAGAGUUUUUCUUUUUACUCACAUUCGUAAAUAGUUUUUGUUUCGUUUUUUUUUCGUUUUGCUUUUUUUCAAGAACUUUGUUUACAUUUUAUAUUUGACUAUAAAAUUACGCAUUUUGGACUGUGUAAUAUUCUUUAUUUUUCUUGAUACGUCUCUGACUCUGCCAGUCGGACUACUACUUAUGUACACGACUAUGGGUUUCUUAUAUAGAUAAAAAAUAGCAUAAAUGUAUAUCAUUCAUGUUUUAUAUUAAUAUAUUACAACCCUCUUUUUUAAAACUA